AUGGAGGCGGCCAUUAUUGGAUCAGUUGUUUUCCUAGCGGUAACGGUAACAUUCCUCUUUGUUCUGUUUGAUCAUGCUGUAUCCGGUGUCCGGUUGAAGGAAGCGCGCCUAAACUAUGACUAUGAUGUUAUCAUUGUUGGGGGAAGUAUCGCGGGACCAGUCAUGGCUAAGGCUCUCGCAGACCAAAACCGCCGUGUGCUGCUACUCGAGAGGUCACUUUUCACUAAACCAAACCGUAUUGUGGGGGAACUCCUUCAACCUGGAGGUAUGGAUGUGUUGAGGAAAUUAGGCAUGGACGAAUGCGCUAAAUCCGUUGGAAUGCCUUGCCAUGGUUAUGUUGUUCUGGAUGAACGUGGCGAUGAAAUACGGCUACCGUAUGCUGCUGGCCUUCAGGGGUUCUCUUUUCAUUUUGGGGAUUUGGUGAACAAUUUACGAAAGUACGUGUGGCAGAACUGUCAGCCAGCCGUCACGAUGCUUGAAGCCACGGUAACAGAGGUCCUCGUGGAGCGAGUUGCUCCAUGUGUGAACAGGGCCUACGGCGUUGUCUACACCACGGCAGCCGAGUAUAACGUUCCAGAGUCACCUUUUACGGGCGCGCCACCCUCGAGAACGGAUUCUACAAGCAUGUCGGAGGAGGUGCAAAAAACUGCAACAGCUCCUCUCAUUAUUAUGUGUGACGGCGGUUCGUCAAAGUUCAAAGCUAUGUAUCAACACUACGACCCUGCAGCCAACUACCACUCGCACUUCGUUGGUCUCAUCAUACGUAAUGCUCGUCUUCCCCAAGAAGGAUACGGAACCGUUUUCUUUGGGAAAAAAGGACCCAUUCUUUCGUACCGCUUAGAUCCUAACGAGCUUCGUGUUCUCGUUGACUACAACAAACCAGCGUUACCAUCGUUGGUGGAGCAAAGCCGCUGGCUAUCCGAGGAAAUCGCGCCAUGCCUUCCUUCCAACAUGCGAGAGGAUUUUAUUAAGGCAGCACAGAGUACCCAAAACAUUCGAUCCAUGCCAAUUGCCUUUUAUCCCGCCACUUUUCCUUCUAUCAGGGGUUACGUGGGGAUCGGAGACCAUGCCAAUCAACGACACCCCCUUACGGGUGGGGGCAUGACAUGUGCAUUCAGUGAUGCAUUUCUUUUAGCGGAGAAACUCCUCGAAAUCAAGGAGAUGCGCAGCUCCGACGUUGUGGAGAUGGCCGAUAUUGAAGACAGUAUCCAAAAUGCUAUCGUGAGCUAUGCGCGUGGGCGCGUGGUGCACAGCUCCAGUAUUAAUAUCUUAUCGUGGGCACUGUAUGCUGUUUUUGGCACCCGUUUGCUCCGCAAUGCCUGCUUGGAAUACUUCGCACGCGGUGGUGAGUGCGUUUCCGCUCCGAUGGCAUUGUUGGCUGGUGUGGAUCACAGCCCACAGCGGCUACUGUGGCAUUACACCAGAGUCAUGUUUAAUGGUGCACUGAACCUCGCCACGUUAAGUGGUCCCCGCAACUGUCGCGGUAAGGAUACUCCCAGUUUCGGUAGAAGGUGCAUUAAUGCUGCUACAUUCUUUGUAUCUCCGUUUCGGGUCCUUGAGGCACUUUAUCUUCUGAUCGCGGCUGCAUGUGUUGCAGUGCCGGUGGCGUACAGUGAAUUCGUUUCCAUCUGGCGGUUGAUAAAUCCAACGGGGUUUCUUUCGUCUAUUUACAAGACCGUCCGAGUUGCUGUGUGUCGUUCGCUACUCAACGGGAGGAAAAGGAAGCCAAUUGGUUUGUGA